AUGGCUGCCAUACCGAGAACAUUGCGGCCCCUCGCAAAAGCUGCUACAUACGUUGCACCUCUUUCACCCGCAACCAGGUCACUUCCUCGAAGGAAUUUUCUACCAAAGCGAACAUUGACUACUACCUCAAGACGGCGCUAUGCUGAACCUUACAUGCCCGAUGACAUCGACACGACGUCCCUGUCUCCGACACCCAUCACGCACUUCUCGGAGACCGAGAGAAUGCUUUCAGAUUCUGUCUCUCGCUGGGCGAACGAAGAGCUCGCACCAAAGGUGAGAGACAUGGACGAGAAGGAACAGAUGGACCCAGCCGUCGUGGAGCAGAUGUUCGAGCAAGGGCUCAUGGCCUUCGAGAUCCCAGAAGAGUAUGGGGGCGCUGGGAUGAACUUCACGUCUGCAAUUGUGGGAAUUGAAGAGAUUGCCCGGGUGGACCCGUCAGUUUCGGUGUUGUGCGAUGUACACAACACCUUGGUGGUGACUGCCAUCCUCAAAUAUGGCAGUGAGGCAUUCAAGAAGGAGUGGCUUCCGAAGCUGGCCACGAACACUGUAGGCUCGUUCUGCCUGUCUGAGCCCGCAUCAGGCUCCGACGCCUUUGCGUUGAAGACCAAAGCAGAGAAGACACCAAAUGGCUACAAGAUCAACGGCUCCAAGAUGUGGAUUACGAAUUCAAUGGAAGCUGAAUUCUUCCUGGUUUUCGCCAAUCUUAACCCCGAAGCCGGUUACAAGGGCAUUACGGCAUUCGUUGUGACCAAGGACAUGAAAGGCUUCAGCAUCGCCAAGAAGGAGAAGAAGCUCGGGAUCCGGGCUUCCAGCACCUGCGUUAUCAACUUUGACGACGUCGAAAUCCCCAAGGAGAACCUCCUCGGCCAGGAAGGUCACGGCUACAAGUAUGCAAUCGGUCUUCUGAACGAAGGGCGGAUUGGUAUCGGCGCUCAGAUGACGGGAUUGGCUCUCGGCGCGUGGGAAAAUGCGGCCAAAUACGUGUGGAACGAUCGGAAGCAGUUCGGCAAGCUGGUCGGUGAGUUCCAGGGCAUGCAACAUCAACUUGCCCAAGCCUACACGGAGAUCUGUGCAGCCCGCGCCCUGGUCUACAAUGCCGCUCGGAAGAAGGAGGCGGGCGAGGAUUUUGUCACCGAUGCCGCCAUGGCCAAGUUGUAUGCCAGUCAAGUUGCAGGGAGAGUCAGCGGACUGGCGGUUGAAUGGAUGGGAGGUAUGGGUUUCGUGCGCGAGGGCAUCGCGGAGAAGAUGUUCAGGGAUAGUAAGAUUGGGGCGAUCUACGAGGGAACGAGCAACAUCCAGCUCACCACGAUAGCGAAGGCGCUGCAAAAGAAGUACACAUCAUAA